CGGCUCAUCCUCAUUUUCCUUUCGCAUCGCGAGAUACUCGAAAUUCAGAGGCCCAAGAUCUAAGCGCACAGAGCGGCUAUGAUUACAUACAUGGAGGAGACCUUCUAUCGAUCUGUCCCCUGCUUGCUCACAGCCACGACUAUGCCUGGCGCAGCCUUUGCUACUCUGCUCACCAAAACAUCUUAUCUUGCUGGAGUUCUUGUGCUGGACCAUGGUCUCAAGAAAGUCGAUUCCAAGUAUCCUCUAGUAGUGUUGGCCACACCAGAGCUGCCUCAAGCAGCUCGGGACGUCCUAAGCAAUUGCGGAAUAAAGAUCCGAGACAUCCAGCCCUUGAGACCGGAAGAGGGCACUCAUAGUCUUUCAGCCGCCGAUGUCCGAUUCCAUGAUACUUGGACGAAAUUGCGGCAAGUUUCCAGAGAAUGAGGGUCUCACUACUUGGAUAACCGCUUUCGUAGAGUCUUUGAACUUGCUGAAUACGAUGCAUGUCUUUCGCUUGGUGUCUUCUAGGUGUUUAUCCUUACGACCCGUGGUCAGCGAGUGGUGCUCCUCGACUGCGAUAUGCUGGUGAAGAGAAAUAUGGAUGAUCUAAUGGAGCUCGAGCUUCCAGUGGGCGGCAUUGCAGCAUGCCAUGCCUGCGCGUGCAAUCCCCGCAAAUUCCCGCACUAUCCCAAGGACUGGGUCCCCGAAAAUUGUGGCUUCAGUGCUGUAUCCGGCCCGGCUGGUGCUCAGCCCGUACCUUCCGACUCGCCUCGUCCUCACAAUCUACUUAAUUCGGGGACGGUUGUGCUCGAGCCUUCCAUUGAGCUGGCCCAGCAGAUGUACCACUUCCUUGCCACAGACGAGCGUGUGCCAUCGUUCAGUUUUCCGGAUCAGGACUUGCUCGCAGCCUUCUUUCACGGGAAAUGGAGAUCGAUAAACUGGUACUACAAUGCACUGAGGACUCUACGGACCGUCCACGCGGCCAUCUGGGAUGACGACCUGGUUCGAUGUGUGCAUUACAUUCUGGCUGACAAGCCGUGGCAAGUGCGCGAUUCGAAGGAGUUCGCGGUGGUCAACGGUUGGUGGUGGGAGCAAUAUGAAGAUAUGAGCCGACAGUUGGACUCGGAAGCACUGGCGCUCGUGAGCAGCAUAGUGGCUCCUGCGUGAUGGUAUACGCCAUUCACGCCCUCCAUGCGACGUGUACUUCGUCCGUGCGGAACCUAGAAACAAUCAGAUUCUGUAUUCCACCGGGAAGAAAUGAUUGCCUUUGCGUGCAUGUGCUUUUGGCCAGCGGUGUCUCUGAGCCCAUUCGGAAACUGAGCAAUCCGGCGUGGGCAAUCAUGAUCCCAUUGUCAAUGCAAUAUCGUUCGUCCAUGGCAAAGACCUUUCCUCCCCGCUCUUCAGCCAUAAUUCCCAUCAUGUCUUGCAGCCUCUCGUUUGCUAUUCCGUACUCGCACAUCAGCCGCGAACAGUUUUACAGGUGAGGAACGACGCACAGCCGACACCUCCGACGAUGAGCACUUCUUUGCUUCCAAUAUGUGCCAUAGCCCGUUCUGUGAUCUCAACGAGCAUGGCGAAGAUGGUUUCCUGCAGAGAGAAACACAGAUCUGCAGGUGUGAUGAUAUCUGUAUCCAUCUCGUCUCUCGCUUUGCCAUCGGCCCGGAAUCGUUUGUCUUGUGUGAAGGCCUCGACUGAGGUCAAUAUCCCGGAGAAACUGACGUCCAUCCCCUUUGUAGUGUAUGGCAAAGGAACCAGACGCGAUCCC